AUGAUCCCACUCAUGCAAACCCUCCAAAAAACAAAAGAAACAAACAUCCUCUACGGCAUCCCUUUAAUCCCAGGGCAAAUCCCGCGCCUAAUCAAAAUCUCAAAAGAACUAUCUCAAAACCAAGGAAAAGCAACCCUCUCCCUAAUGAUCGACCACCCAGACCAGCUCCCUUACCUAGAAAGCCUGUCCAGGGAAGCAGGCAAAGCCGUUCAUAUCUUCGUCAAGGUUGAUACGGGGUAUCACCGUGCCGGAUUACCGCCUUCAGCUUUGAAUAAGAAUGGUCUCCUGGAGAAGAUUGCGGAGGCCGAGGCACAGGGCACGGUAAAUUUAUUGGGACUAUAUUCGCGCAAUAGUCUCAGCUAUAAUGGUUCGACGCCUCAAGAGGCGAUGAAGGCUUUAUCUAUUGAGAUUCGGGGGUUGAGGGAGGCAUUACGUGUCAACACAUCUCUCCUCCCGCAAUUGGAGGAAAAGGGGAGAAAAUUGGUGUUGAGUGUGGGAGCCACGCCGCAGGUUGUUUCCUCGCAGAAUUUGAUGCAGGGGGAUGAGUCUUGUGGGGAGGCGGCUGAAUUGAAGGAAUUGUUGAGUGGGAGUGGGAGUGAUGUUUCUGUUGAAUUGCAUGCGGGUGUUUAUCCUAUUUUGGAUAUGCAGCAGGUUUGUACACAUGCUGUUGUUGGGCGGCGCGGGGUUGAGCGUGAUGUUGUGCUGUCGGUUCUUGCGGAGGUUUGUUCUGUGUAUAAUGAUGAGAGGGAUACUGCUGAGGUUCUUGUUGCUGCCGGGACGCUUGCGUUGGGUCGGGAGCCUUGUGCUGGGUAUGAGGGUUGGGGGGUUGUUUCUUCUUGGGAGAGGAGUGGUGGGGAUGGAGGUGAAGGUGGGAGGUUGAUUGUGAAGAGGAUUAGCCAGGAGCAUGCUAUUCUUGGUUGGGAGGGUGGUUCUGAGCGGGAGAAGAUUCCAUUGAGCGUUGGGCAGGUUGUUAAGAUCUUCCCUAAUCAUUCUUGUGUUACAGGGGCUUAUUAUGGGUGGUAUUUUGUUGUUGAUUCUGAUGCGGAUGGGGAUGCGGCGAAGGUGGUUGAUGUUUGGGUUAGGGCUAGGGGGUGUGCGAUUACUGAUCCGUUGUUGGAUCCUAGGAGCAUUUGA